AUGGCUAGCCCUCUUUCACCAUGUCAUGUUGUCAUUGCUUAUGAUGCAACAAGGGAGCGCGAAGAGAACGAACUUAAGGUGACCAUUGAUCGUGUUCGAAUGAGGGGUGACAUUCUCCGUUCGGGAGAUACUCUUGUGGUGCUUGGAGUCUUGCAUACAGUCCCUCACCCUUUGGGAUAUCAUGCAAAAGCUUGUCCAUAUUUUUUCGGGACAAGCAAUCGUGCAAUGGAGGAAGAAGUUUCGAAGAAAGUUGAUGAAUACAUAAACAAGCUCUUGGAAAGUGCUGAAAUUUGUGAAGAUGAAGGGGUCAGCAUUGAAGUCAAAGUAAUUGCCGGUUUUCCAGUUAAGCAGGUUGUUUUACAAGAGGUUAUUUCUUGUAAUGCAGCUUGGAUUAUACUUGAUAGGCACCUUAGAAGAGAUAUGAGGUUCUAUCUUAAGCAGAUGCCAUGCAAGGUUGCAUUAAUUCAAGAUAACUUUAACGUAGAUGUUGCGAAAUGUCACUUCACUGGUGAUAAAGAUGUUGUCGAACAUAAGUUCGUCUGUGCCAUGACCAAGCCUGUCCCAAUGUUUAGGGGUCAAGGCAAUUAUAGUUUUGAGGGUGAGGGCCAAUCAACUGUCACCUGCCCAAGCUACCCAAUGUCUUAUAAUUCUGUGGAAAGUGAAAUGCUUAAGAGCAACUUGUUGACUUCGUCUUCGUUUAGAUCAAGGGAUUUCAAUUCUUCAAAGGAUGCUCAGCCAUUUUCUAUGCAAGAAAAAUCAGGAGCAUACACAAAAGAUGAUAAAGACAAUAUAAAUUCCUCUGCUUCUAAAAUAGGCAACAAGCAGGGUAAAAAUGUUUUCCGCAAUAAAUCCUUAGAAAGACCUCUUCUGUGUACUACCUGUGGGAUGAGAACUGAAAUGUAUAUAAAGGAUUCUAUGGUAUUAAAUUACUCUGAGAUACAGGUCGCAACGAAUGAUUUCUCUAAGGAAAACUUAUUAGGAGAAGGUGGAUAUGGUCAUGUAUAUAAGGGUGAGCUUAGAGAUGGGCAGCUCAUUGCUGCAAAAGUACGAAAAGAAGCCAGUAAUCAAGGAUUUGCAGAGUUUCAUUCAGAGGUUUAUGUCCUAAGUUUUGCACGCCAUAAGAAUAUUGUGAUGCUGUUGGGCUAUUGUUGCAAAGAGAACUUAAAUAUUUUGGUCUAUGAGUAUAUUUGCAAUAAGUCUCUUGAUUGGCAUUUAUUUGAUAAAACAGCGAGAGUUCUUGAAUGGCACCAGAGAUAUUCUAUUGCCAUUGGAACUGCAAAAGGAUUGCGUUUCCUGCAUGAAGAAUGCCGUGGGGGCCCAAUAAUUCAUAGAGACAUGCGACCAAGCAAUAUAUUGCUCACCCAUGAUUUCGUCCCCAUGUUAGGUGACUUUGGGCUUGCAAAAUGGAGGACAAACGAUGAUCUUUUGCAAACAAGGAUACUUGGCACAUUAGGAUACCUUGCUCCAGAGUAUGCAGAGAAUGGUAUUGUCUCUGUUCGAACAGAUGUGUAUGCAUUUGGGAUUGUCCUGUUACAACUAAUCUCCGGACGCAAGGUGAUCGAUGGUAAAAGGGAAGAAGAACAGCAGUCUAUUAGGCAGUGGGCAGAACCAAUAAUACAGAGGUUAGCGCUGCACGAGCUCAUUGAUCCUCAUAUUGGGGAUUCAUAUGAUACAUAUGAACUUUACCUUAUGGCUAAAGCUGCAUUCUCGUGUGUGCAAAGAAGCCCUGAAUUGCGUCCAUCGAUCGGAGAGGUUGUGCGACUUCUUGAAGGGGAAAACGAUCACUUCCAGCACUUUGGAGACCAGUUGGUACCUCAUUAUAGAAAGUGA